AUGAAGUCCUUUUCCAGUUCUGCGAUCAAUAAAACCGGCAAGAAAUUCGCCCCGAAGGCGCCUAUCCGUCGUGCGCCUGCCGCCGCGCCCGCAAGACGACCCAGUGUUGCUCAACAGUCACCAGCUGAGCCUGUUCAAGAAGAGAAGGCCAAAGAUGUAGCUGACUCUAGUCUCACCGAUUCUGUGACUACAGGGCUGGAAGCACGGGCAGUCACAGAGGUCUCACCCGCGUCAGUUGCUGCGCCUAGCACAGAACAAACACCCGUUCCUUUGAAUAAUGAAGCUAUCCCCCCGAUCGCUACGCCCGCCACUACCUCCACCACUACCUCCGCCACUACUUCAAUCACCACACAGAUAGUUACACCUACCACUACACCCAUCGCGAAGCCGACUCCGAUCCCUAAGCCGACAGGCAUCUCAAAGCCAACUCCAAUUCCCAAGCCGACAGCCAUCCCAAAGCCAACUCCAAUCCCAAAGCCGACUGCGAUUCCUCACCCACAGGAACGCAAGGCAUCUGUCUCUACCUCACAACCCCCACCUGUCUUAACGGCUCCGCCUACCCCUCCUUCCACCCAACCUACCCCAUCUCCCGCCAACGUCCCGACUAGUGAGGCUGAACCUGCGUCCUCUGAGGAUCACGGACCAGAGAAGGCUCUUCUAGAAUACGCCAGGAUUGAAACAGCGCGGGCCGCAGAAAAUCUCGUCGAUUCAAAUGAAGCUCUACCCCAAUCACAAGCUGAAGCUGAACAAAUUGCCCCAACUGAGGGUCCACCAGCAAAACGUGCUCGAACUGCAUUAACUACAUCGAUUGCGACUACAUCUAUUGCGGUCCCAGCUCGGAAGAAGUCUGCAUCUGCAGCGGCAAGCCGUCGAGGCUCCCAGUCAAUUGUGCCUACCAUCGAAGAUGCAAGCGCAACCCCCGGUGGAUCCAACCUCUCGACUCCGGAUCCAACAAAGCCGAAGAAACGAAAGUACUCAAAGGCCGGUACCUCCGAUCCUGAGGGUAGCGAGAAACCAAAGCGUACCCGCAAGAAGCGCGAACCCACCCCGGAAGGCGCGGAGACGGUAGAAAUCUUGCCUAACGUUGUGAAAAUGUCGGAGCUUUGCAAAGAUCUCAGAACUGGAAAGAAGUCCAAGCGCGAGACAGAGCUACGGAAGAUUGAUAAAGCUGAAGAAGAACGGAAGAAGCAGGGCGGGACCCCUGGGCCAGGAACACCCGUCAAGCAAACCGACGCCGAACGGGAGAAAACCGAACAACCAGUCGAUUGGAAACCCCAAAGCGGCCCUAUUAUGCGAAUCGUUAAUGGUGAGAUCGUGCUGGAUAAUACGUCCUUGCAGGUCGACCGUCACGCAGAUGCCGCCCGAGCUGCCGGCGACCUCGAAGAUGUGGUGGAAAGCUCGUUCACGCGAAAGAUCAACCAGGCCUCGUACGGUAAGCGUACAAAGACCGAAACAUGGGAUGAAGAGAUGACAGAUCUGUUUUAUCGCGGGCUCCGCAUGUUUGGCACCGAUUUCAUGGUUAUUAGUAAAAUGUUCCCGGGCCGGUCUCGGCGCCAAAUCAAGUUGAAGUUCAACAAUGAAGAGCGCCGUGAUCCGCAACGCAUCAAGGACACCCUGAUGGGCCCGCCUGAGACCAUCGAUAUUGCAACCUACUCAGAGAUGACAAACACUGUCUACGAUGAUCCCAAGGUUGUUCAUCAAGAACUUGAAGAUGAAAAGAAGCGGAUUGAGGAUCAGCACGCCAAGGAGAAGGAAAUGCAAGAGGAAAUGCUACGCAACCCAACCGGCGAUUCCAAUGAUGCCAAUAACGACAAGACUGUUGUCAAGAAGUCGCGCAAAAAGGCGAGCGUGAAGAGCCAGGGAGGUGGUACAGAGGAGGUUCUGGGAUCAAUCGAUGACUUCCCCACAGCUUAA